AUGCGAGUCGACGCCCCACUGACACUGUCAGAACGUCCCGAAACGCCGCCGCCGCCGUUCGCGAAUAUCCCCUUCUCCCGCGAUCCCGACUUCGUCAACCGUGGAGACGUUCUCGAUCAAGUCGACCAGCGAUGCUCCCAGCCGGGCGGUCGGGUGGCUCUCGUGGGCCUUGGCGGUGUCGGCAAGUCACAACUGGCCAUCGAAUACGCCCACCGGAUCCGCGAGGCGCAGCCUGACGCAUGGGUGUUCUGGGUCCACGCCGGCACGCAGGCGCGCGUCGAGGAAGGCUUUAGGACGAUUGCCGACAGUGUCAAGCUACCCGGCCGGAACCAGCCCAAAGCAAACGUCCCACAGCUUUUGUACGGCUGGCUGUCCAAUGAACGGAACGGUCGAUGGGUCAUCAUCCUAGACAGCGCCGACGACCGAGACGUGCUCUACGCGGCAAGCGACGGCCGCGAAGGGAAGCCGAUGGCGAGUUAUCUACCGCAGAGUCGAAACGGAUCCAUCCUCGUCACAACGCGAAGUAAGGGCUUGGCAUACAGGCUUACCGGGAGCCACAACUACAUCGAGAUCGGGCCGAUGGGGCAGACGGUUGCCCUCACGCUCCUAGAGAAGAAGCUAGGAUCGGCACCGGAUAGGAACGUGGCGGCCGAUCUCGUACAGGCGCUCGACUGUGUUCCGCUGGCCAUUAGCCAGGCCGCCGCGUACAUACAGGCGAGGGCGCCGCGGAGCUCACCGGAGAACUACCUGGCCGAGUUCCGGAAGAAUGAGCGCAAAAGGAGCAGGCUUUUAGAGCAUGACGCCGGCGACUUGCGACGGGACGGAGGGGCGUCAAACGCGAUUCUCACAACAUGGCAGAUAUCCUUCGACUACAUCCGGUCCAAGCGGCCUUCGGCGGCGGAUCUCCUGUCACUUAUGAGUUUUUUCGACCGACAGGGCAUCCCUGGGUGGGUUCUGAACCCUUCCGACGACAGCAGCAGUGCUAUAGACGGGGACGUAGAUGAUAGCACAGACGACGAUACAGACGACGGUGUAGACGGGGGAUUCGAAGAUGAUGUGGCGAUGCUGAGGGAUUACUGUCUCAUUGUGGCGGAUGAGGUAGGGGACGAGUUCGAGAUGCACGGGCUCGUGCAGCUGUCGACCAGAGGGUGGCUGAAAGCGUCUGGGCAGCAGGAGACGUUCAAGCAGCAGUGCAUCGAGCGAAUGGCGGUGUCGUUUCCAACAGGGGAGUAUGAAAACUGGCCGACGUGCCGGAGCCUCUUCGCACACGUCCAAGUCAUCCUUGGUUACCAGCCCAAUGACAAGACGGUCGAAACAUGGGCGAGGCUUUUGCAUAACGGGGGAUGGUAUGCAUGGACGCAAGGGAGAUACGAGGUUGCACACCAGAUGCUAGGCAAGGCAAGGAAGGUCCGUGAUAAGAAAUUGGGUGCGGACUCUGUGGCGACUUCAGCAAGUAUGUCAAUGUUUGCUCUAGUCCAAAGAGACCGAGGUCGGUGGGAGGAGGCCGAGAAGCUGUUUGUGCAGAAGCUGUUUGUGCAGGUGAUGGAGACUCGCAAGAUGAAGCUCGGGGCCGAUCAUCCCGACACGCUGACCAGCAUGGCCAACCUGGCGUUUACUUGGAAAGAUCAAAGCCGACACACAGAUGCAUUAGCAUUGAUGGAGGAGUGUGCCGAGGCUCAACAGCGAGUCCUUGGCGCAGACCAUCCAGACGCACAAUCGUCGUCGGCCACCGUAGCCGAGUGGCUAACAUAG